GCAUGUGUGCGUCUGUGGAUACAGUACAAUGGCCAUGCUUUGGAUCGUCAGCUGUUUCGCCCUUGUGGUGUCUGCCCUGGGCUGUGGAGCUCCCGCCAUCAAGCCCCAGGUGAGCGGCUACAACAAGAUCGUCAACGGAGAGAACGCCGUCUCCGGCUCCUGGCCCUGGCAGGUGUCUCUGCAGCAAUCUAAUGGGUUCCACUUCUGUGGAGGUUCUCUGAUCAACCAGUACUGGGUCCUCACUGCUGCCCACUGCCGCGUCAGUGCCAGAAGCCACCGCGUUGUCCUCGGCGAUCACGACCGUGGCUCCUCAGCUGAGCCUGCCCAGGUCAAGACCAUCUCCAGGGUCAUCUCCCACCCCUACUACAACUCAAACAACUUCAACAAUGACAUCACCCUGCUGAAGCUGGCCAGCCCCGCCCAGAUGACCCCCCGCGUGUCCCCCGUGUGCAUGGCCGGCUCCAGCACCAGCUUCCCCUCCGGCACUCGCUGCGUCACCACCGGCUGGGGCAAGACCGGCAGCACCUCGAGCCCUCGUGUCCUGCAGCAGACAGCCCUGCCUCUGCUCAGCCCUGCUCAGUGCAGGCAGCACUGGGGCAGCAGCAGAAUCACCGACGCCAUGAUCUGCGCUGGAGCUUCAGGAGUCUCCUCCUGCCAGGGAGACUCUGGCGGCCCCCUGGUGUGUGAGAGCUCUGGCGUGUGGUCCCAGGUUGGCAUCGUGUCCUGGGGCACCAGCAACUGCAACGUGCGCACCCCCGCUGUCUACGCGCGUGUGUCCUACCUGCGCCGCUGGAUCGACCAGACCGUCGCCUCCAACUAGAGCUGAGGCUGUCACUCAUCGAGGCCUCUGGAGCUAAGGCAGUCUGCUAAGAUAAGAUGUACUAUAGACUGAAAUAAAUACAAUUUAAAUAAAAAAUCUGAAGCUGG